AUGUCUGCACAAAAACAUACUGGAACUCCUGUGAAUACUGGAACAUAUGAGCAAAGUAGUUUCCCGAGACCUUCAGCACCUUACAACACGCAUACACCUUCUACACCAUCACAGCCACGUAGAAGCUUCCCUACAAGAACUUUUGUAUCUUCCAACACACCACGUCUUCAACCUAUAAAUGUUCCUCAACCAAACUAUUUUUAUCUUCCUUUUCUUGACAACACGAUAAAAAAAAUAUACGAAUUUCAUAAACAACGACAAAGAAGAAACACUCAAGAAACUUCUUCAAUCAAUUCAACAGCACGAUUAUAUAAUCAACCGUAUAUACAUGGUGGAGAUGUGAUAGAAUUUUAUGGACCUUCUUGCGGUGGUAAGACCACAAUAUUACACCAUGUGAUUGUUACUACCAUUAUUCCUAAAUAUUGGACUCGUGAUGAUCGUUCAAGAAUUGAAUUGAAUGGACAUGGUAAAGGAAUAUUGUUUUUUGAUUUAGAUGGUAGAUAUGAUAUAAAAAGAUUAUAUUCAAUGAUUAUAUAUUAUUUAAGAAACCGGAUUGGGCAGAUUAUAAAAGAAAGUAAUUCUCAAAAAGUGGAGAUCCAUCAACAAUUACCUACACCUUUAUCAUCAUUUUCAACGCAAGGUUCGCAAGAUGAACUUUUUAAUAUGAAAUCACUUCCAACAGAACAAGAGCUUGAUGUGAUAGCAAAAUGUUCAUUGAAAAAACUUCAUAUUUUUCAACCAAACGCGUCAGUUGAGUAUCUAGCAACAUUACUUUCAUUACCAGAAUAUGUAAAAGAAAUUCAAGAAAAGGAAGGAUAUGAAUUUAAUUAUUUAAUGAUUGAUUCGAUUAAUGCAUUUUAUUGGCAAGAUAAAUCUGAAGAAUUAGGAGAACAAGCGAUUAAUUCAGAAAAUGGUGUUGAUACAGAUACAGAUGAUGAUGGGGAAGGAGAAAGAAAUGUAAAUAGCAUCAAUAGUAUUGAAAUGGAUAAUUUUGAGAUUUUCAGCGAAGUUGUUGAUCAAAAACCAUCACCUCCAAUGUAUAAUAAUGGAAGACGAUCUCAAUCAACAACUCCAAGAACAAGUACUAAUAGCGUUAAUAGUAAUGCAUCGAAUCAAAAUAACAAUGUUUUUCAAGGUUAUUCAUUUUAUAUAGUUCAAGCAUUGCAAAAAUUACUUCAAUCAACCAAUUUAAUUGUCUUGGCAACAAAUUGGGUGACAUUUGGACCAUCAGAACAACAGCAACAAAUUCCUUUAGUAAAUUCAAAUUCAAGGCUUCCACAAGAAUUAACUUAUUCAACCGCAUCAUCAUCAUAUUGGGACUCUUUAUUAAAAUAUAAAUUUGUUAUAGCGAAACAAUUACUACCACAAUAUCCCGAUGAUGUAAUACCAAAAAUGAUUGAGAAAGAUGAGAAUAGGAAUAAUUUAUUGAAAGAACCUUUAUUUUUUGGAAGAUUAAUUUAUCCUGAAUGUGAUGGAAAUUGUGGGGAUAUCUUUUCAUUCAAAAUUUCUGAAGAAGGAAUUAUUUGUGAUUAA